CUUCCGGUCACGAAGGGUGGGAUCCGCGGCCUGGAGCUGUGGGGCAGUAAAGCCCGCACCGCCAGGGCCAACGGGUACCUUGGGCUUGGUGACGGCGGUUGCUGCCCUUUAUUUCUCGGGUCACUACUGGACGUUACGCGGCAGCCAUUUCCUUCGUCUUGGCCUGAGGCCUCGGCCCCAGGGCAGCCAUGGGUUCCAGGUGGUGCUGAAAGCAGGAGCAGUGGGGCAUGGCUAUAGUCCUGCAGGUCCUGCGUCACUUCGCCCGAGCCCCCUCGCGCCCACUCCUCUGGGGGUGCCCAUUGAUCCGGCUGGCCAGUGGCAUGGCCCUGGAAGAGCAGGCACGGCAAAUAUUUGAGAGCACCGUGGGUGCCAUGCUGCCAGGUCCCAUGCUGCAGCGGGCACUGUCCUUGGAUCCUGACAGUGGGCAGCUGAAAGUGCGGGACCGGAGCUUUCAGCUGCGGCAGAACCUCUACCUGGUGGGUUUUGGCAAGGCUGUGCUGGGCAUGGCAGCUGCAGCUGAGGAGCUACUAGGCCAGCAUCUCGUGCAGGGAGUGAUCAGCGUGCCCAGGGGGAUCCGUGCUGCCAUGGAGCAUGCUGGCAAACAAGAGAUGCUGCUGAAGCCCCAUAGCCGUGUCCAGGUAUUCGAGGGUGCGGAAGACAACCUCCCGGACCGGGAUGCGCUGCGGGCUGCGCUGGCCAUCCGACAGCUGGCCGAAGGCCUCACAGCUGAUGACCUGCUGCUUGUACUCAUCUCAGGUGGGGGAUCGGCCCUGCUGCCCGCCCCCAUCCCGCCUGUCACACUGGAGGAGAAGCAGAAACUAACCAAGCUGCUGGCAGCCCGUGGAGCCAACAUCCAGGAGCUGAACACCAUCCGGAAGGCCUUGUCCCAGCUCAAGGGUGGGGGGCUGGCUCAGGCUGCCUACCCUGCUCAGGUGGUGAGCCUGAUUCUGUCCGAUGUGGUGGGAGACCCUGUGGAGGUGAUUGCCAGCGGCCCCACUGUGGCCAGCGUCCACAGUGUGCAAGAUUGCCUGCACAUCCUCAAUCGUUAUGGCCUUCGUGCUGCUCUGCCACGUUCUGUGAAAACUGUGCUGGCUCGGGCUGACUCUGACCCCCAUGGACCACAUGCCUGUGGUCAUGUCCUCAAUGUGAUCAUUGGCUCCAAUGCACUGGCACUGGCUGAGGCUCAGAAGCAGGCUGAGGCACUGGGUUAUAAGGCUGUGGUGCUGAGCACAGCCAUACAGGGUGAUGUGAAAAAUGUGGCCCAGUUCUAUGGGCUGCUGGCCCGAGUGGCUGGAGCCUGCCUCACCAUGCCUGCGGCUAGAACCUCUGUAGAGGAGGAUAAACAACUCUAUGAACUGGCGGCCCAGCUCCAGCUCCCAGAUUUGCAUCUGAAGGAGGCCCUGGAAGCUGUGGUGGGAGCUCAGGGGCCAGUUUGCUUGCUGGCUGGUGGCGAGCCCACAGUGCAGUUGCAGGGCUCAGGCAAGGGUGGCCGGAACCAGGAACUGGCCCUGCGUGUUGGAGUGGAGCUGGGACAGUGGCCAUUAGAGCCUAUUGAUGUGCUGUUUUUGAGUGGUGGCACUGAUGGGCAGGAUGGGCCCACAGAAGCAGCUGGGGCCUGGGUUAGGCCUGAGCUUGCCAGCCAGGCCGUUGCCGAGGGUCUGGAUGUGGCUGCCUUCCUGGCCCACAAUGACUCAUAUACCUUCUUCUGCCGCUUCCAGGGUGGGGCACAUCUGCUGCACACGGGGCUGACGGGCACUAAUGUCAUGGAUGCCCACCUCCUGUUCCUGCGGCCUCGGUGAGGUCACAUUUUAGGAACCUACAGGAGGUCUGCGGGGCGGCAUCCUAGAGCAGACCAGGGUUUGUCCCCAGGGCCUCACCAAGCUUUACAGCCUCUCUUCACCUUGGUCCUGGCUGCUUGGUUGCCCUCACCUCCCAGACCCAGGGCCUGUGUGUCUUAUUUCCCAACCAGAAGGCAGAUGGGGACGCUCAUCCACUCCUACUUCCAGCCAUGGCAGCAGGUAUCCCUGAGGACCAGGACAAGCCCUGGGCCAGUUUGCUGUUCCCAGUCUUCUCCCCCAGGCAGCCCCCUGCUCAGCUCCUGCCCCUGUUUCUUCUGUGGCGUGAAGCAAGGAGGACUGAAAAUAAAAAGGACCACACCAAAAAAAAAA